CACGCGCCUCCGGAGUGCGCUUUUGGAAACGUUUGCGAGUCGAAGCCGGUCAGAGCAAGUUCAGAGUGAAAAAAGAGGGGGAGUGUGAUCUGGAGGAGACUACAAGCAGAUUUUCUUUUGGUUCAGGAGAUCUCCUGCAGGAGUAACGAUGGAGAAGGUGCUACCAGUGCUACCGAGGAGCAGGUUAGGAAAGCGGUCUCCUUUGGGAGCCUUGCUGUGCAACUCUUUAGGAGACGGACUCAUGGACGUCAGACAUGGAGACACAGAUGGCGCUCCUGUGAUCUCAGGGAUUGGAACAGGAGUCCAUGGUGGCCAUAGGAUUAAACUGUAUCCGGGACAGCGGGUGUACGUGCAUUGCGGAGGACAUGAGCGUGCUGGUGUCGUGGAGCAGCACAAUCACGUGGACAAUGAGGUCUCCAUAUUCAUACAGCAGCUCAAUCAGCAUGUGCACCGGAAACUGGAGGAUGUAUGGUUGACUCCAUCAAGCAGCGUUGCUCACACCGUGUCAUCAUCGAUCGAUGUGCCAAAAAGGAGUGUAGAGAGUGCGGACAUGGACGAAAUCAUGGCUGCGAUGGUGCUGACCAGUUUGUCUUGCAGCCCAAUGAUCCAAAGCCCCAUUCAUGAAGAACCAACUCCAGCAUCAAAUAGCAACGGGACAGACAGCACUGGGAGCGAAAUGUCUGACGGUGGUUACUGGAGCUGUGACCAUGGAAACAGCAGUCCUGCGCCGUCUCCACCUGACGCAGAAGCAGACCGCACCCCUCCUGUCGACGAUGGCCUGGACAUGGAGAUGGAUCAAGUGUUGUUUGAUGAACCAGCACCGAGGAAACGCAAGAACUCUGUGAAGGUGGCGUACAGAUGCCUGUGGCCCAACUGUGGCAAAAUCCUCACCACUAUAGUAGGCAUGAAGCGCCACAUUCGCACUCUUCACUUAGGCAGACAGAGUGACCAGGAGCGUUGCCAACGAGAAGAAGACUUCUACUACACAGAGAUCUACCAGGAUGUGGAGCAAUCGUCUGCGCCGGCCGGCUGCGGCUCACCUUCCAGUCUGAGCCAUCAGAGAUCCCCUCCUUCAACUCCUGAGCUUCUCCAGCCCAGCCCACUCAGCCAGUCGGCCCCCAGCAGUUUCUGGCAGGUCCACUCCGAACACUCGUACCAGGCUCCGCCUCCUGUUGGUUUGACUCUGUGCAAAACUGUGUGUGUGCCUGCCCCGCCUCGCUGGACGCCUCUCGUCACGGCACACCAGAGCAAACAGGCCACUCCAUUUCGUCGACGUUCUGUCAGUGUAGGAGAGCAGUGGCUCCAGAACAACAGCGCCCCCUCCAGGCCUGUACACCUCGCCAGCGUCUCGCCUCCCAGAAGCCACUGUGCCGCGCGGAGGGUGCGAGGAGAGGCUAAAAAGUGCAGAAAGGUGUACGGUAUCGAGCACCGGGAUCAGUGGUGUACGGCUUGUCGCUGGAAAAAGGCCUGCCAGAGAUUUUUGGACUGAAGUCGGUGCUGAGCUAAGCAGCAUACAAUGUAGAAACUGUGGGGGUAAAAAGAGCCGGUGGAUCAGCUACACUGUGGUGGAGGGAAACCCGAUGAACAAAGUUUUGUUGUUAAAUUCUGGACAUUUUGUGUGAGGCAUUUCUCUAUAUGGUGCAGCGUCCUCACAGUGGUGCUGAUUUAACUGUGGACUGUCUAUCCUACACCUCGUCUCUCCACAUCAGUCUUCCCGGGGGCCUCGAAGUUGUCCUGUGCUCCACCCAGUGCUGAUUUCUUUCUUCAACAAACAACAGCCAUAUUUUUGAUGGAUGCAGGAUAGUGACACUGCAUAUGGUGGUGAUUUGUUUACCGUGAGAGAUUCGCAGUCAUUCCAGAAAACCUGACCGCCUUUGUUUUUUUUUUUUUUUUACUGAGAACUCUCCUUUUUACGGAAAGAUGUUAUGCUUGUUGUUUAUUUUUCAGGGCAGGAAGUGAAAGGCAGCUCGACGGUGAAAGUGAUUUGUACGGACAUGCUUUAAAAGCAUACACGCCUUUAUGUUUAUGUAUGCCAUGUAUACCAGCUAAUGUGAUGUUACAUGUUUUAUAACGACAAACAGAACAAAAAAAAAGUUUUUUGUAUUUAGAGUUGUCAUAACUGUGACUGCGGUUAUGAUCCAUCUCUUUCUACCGCUGUCUCAUAUCUUACGUGUGUAAAACAUUUUGCUUUUUUGGUUUUGGAAGGUGAAUGUGUGCUACAUUACACUAUUCAAUGUCUCUGAUCACAGAUUUUAAAAAUCGUGACCAGGGUCGGUAUUGGAAAUCAGUGUUGAUUGCUUUUGUGCCAUUUCUUUUUGGUUUUCCCCCAAAUGAAACCCGUUUUUCUGUAUUAAUUGUACUUCUGAUCACUCCUGUUAUCUGCUCAGCUGCACUACAUUGACCUGUAUAAAGAUGCAGAAUUAAAUUGAUUAUAAACAUGCUUCAGCAUGGAUUUGUAAAAUGAUGUUGCUAUUGACACAUUAUGAAAAGAUCUUUCAAACUUACGAUUGUGUCAAAAAAAAGAAAAGAAAAACCAAAACGAUAAGUGGAAACUCUUAAUAUUUAUGGGUCCAAGAAUUUGAUUCCUGGUUAUUAGCUUGACCUGUUAUGUUUUGCCAUUUUAGUAGUACCAGACCAUCAGAUCUGAAAAUUAACAAAUACAUGAUUAUUAUUAUCAGGAUUUUCUUUUUAAACCAAAGUCUAAAAAAAAUUCGUUUAAGCUUAACAGUUAGCACCUGUACAGUAUUUUGCGUGAAAUGACAAAUUUUUCUUUAUAUUCUGAAGUUGUCAUUUUCAUGUUUUAAUACACUUUCUAUCUAAG